UGUAAACACACGGCUAUGGCUGCUGAGAGGGGCGGAGGUGACAACAACAUUAACGACGAAAUGGGGAACCAGCUACAGCUCCUGCCAGAGAAUGAAGAGGAAGAGGAGGAUGACAUGGAGACAGAGGACAGAGAUGGAGAGGAUGGGGAAAAGCCAAGUAUUAUAAACUUUGACACGAGUCUGCCAACUUCACAUGCUUAUCUUGGCUCAGAUAUGGAGGAGUUUCACGGCCGUACCCUGCAUGAUGAGGACAGUGUGCAAAAUCUGCCGGUUCUUCCCCAUGUGGCUCUCAUUUUGAUCCCGGGUCAGACACUGCCUUUGCAACUUUUCCGACCACAGGAGGUCAGCAUGUUUCGCAACCUCGUAAGCCAGGACCGCACGUUUGCAGUGCUUGCACACAGCCCUGAUCCGAGUGGAACGGAGACGAAGGCCGAGUUUGGGACGACUGCAGAAAUAUAUGCAUUUCGUGAAGAGCAGGAGUAUGGCAUAGAGACAGUGAAGAUUAAAGCUGUCGGACGACAACGCUUCAGAGUGCAUGACAUACGCACACAAGCAGACGGGAUUCGUCAGGCUAAAGUACAGAUUUUACCUGAGAGGAUUCUGCCAGACCCUUUAUGUGAACUGCAGUUCCUGCCACGCUUGCAAACACACUUGCCACAGACCAAACACACACAAACAACACCACCACCACAGAAGCGGUGCAGCCAGAACUAUAGACAGAAAAAGCUCCCUUGUGCAAGUAUGACCUCAUGGCCUCCUUGGGUUUAUGCCCUUUAUGAUUCGAAAACGCUCAUGAGCAGAGUUAAGAAACAACUGCACGAAUGGGAUGAAAACCUGAAAGACGAGUCCCUGCCUACAAAUCCCACAGAUUUCUCAUACAGGGUGGCCGCGUGCCUACCAAUAGAUGAUGCUCUACGACUACAGCUACUGAAGAUUGGCAGUGCCAUCCAGAGACUGCGCUGUGAGCUGGACAUCAUGGACAGGUGCACUUCUCUCUGCUGUAAACAGUGUCAGGAUACUGAGAUAACCAGCAAGAAUGAGAUCUUCAGUCUGUCUCUGUAUGGGCCAAUGGCAGCAUAUGUGAAUCCACAUGGUUAUGUUCAUGAGACGCUUACUGUCUACAAGGCCAGCAACCUCAACCUGAUUGGACGACCUUCCACAUUGCAUAGUUGGUUUCCAGGGUAUGCGUGGACAAUUGCUCAGUGCAGAACCUGCGGCUCUCACAUGGGCUGGAAGUUCUCUGCGGUCAAAAAGGAUCUCAGUCCUCCUCGGUUCUGGGGUUUGACACGUUCUGCUCUGUUACCAACAAUCCCACAAGGCGAAGAGGGUGUAGAGGGCUCACGUUUGCUGUGCCUGUGACUUGAUGAUCCCAGGAUAACCUACGACCUUUAACCCUGAAGCCCACAAGCAUAUGCUCCACAAGGGGUCUCCUCUAUCACUCCUAAAACACGAGACUCCAAAACCUCCCCCGAAAGAGAGAGAGAGAGCAAACGUGACUUCAUAUGUGUAGAUGUGUGCAUGAACAGGGAAAGGAAAGAAACGACAGGGAAGCAUAAGAUAAAGGAGAGGAAAGAACAACAGAAGACAAGUUGUUGCCUUCACACACCUUAUGCUGUGUAAAUGACAGCCUGAUACGUGCAAUAUCAUACCAGACGAGCUCUUUAAGAUAUUACAAUCUGUUGUAAUGCACUUAAUUUACAGUCUAGCAGUCUUUUCUUCUUUAUUACUGUCUAGAUAGCUGUCGUUGACGCUCUUUAAGUGAGAUUUCAUCUAGUUUGGAUGUUUAUAAAAUAAGUAUUGUGUUCAAAUAGGGAUAAAUCUCUAGCACCAAAGUGUGACGAUCUCAUUUAGUCAUUUUUUUUGGAGCCCACAUGACUUUAGGGACUUAAUCAUGUGUACCUCAGAUAAUUACAGUACGCCUGCAAAUCAAGGUCUAAACUUCUUGAAUUAAAUCAUUUUCCACAUGCGAUGCCCCAUGUUUUUGCUUCGGAUAUUCUGGGCACAAAACUCCUGGGUAAAAUUGGCAGGUGACGACUAAAGG